UAUGGGAAUGUUUCCAAAUCUUUUACUGGUCUAACUCGCUGAGCGUGGCCUGAGUCAACAUUCAUCUCGUCGAAACAGCAUGGGACACCAGUUACCAGAGCUUUGAUGUUUUGCAUUCUGCCACGCUAUGAAGUGAGAACGUGCUGAGUGUGAAACUGCACCAUCCAGGAGGACUUGAACAACUUUAUGCCCCCUAAAAUGUAAUGGAUCCUCCUCAAAGGCGAAAUGGACCAAUCAGGAGACAAGAUGCAUACAUCACUGACCUCCCCGUGCCUCUGACAGAGGAUCUAUAUGGUUAUGAGUACCUUGAAACCUUUCCUGAUGAUGAUGAAACACAUCUGUACGAGAGCUCCUGGGCUGGGCUCGUGUCCCCAACUGAACCCCAGACCAAGCCCCCAGGCCUCGGGGGAGGAGGUCCUGGGAAGUCUGACCACCAGGGAACAAAUGGGCCUUCCAAAGUCCGUGGUCCUCCCCCUCCACUCAGAACUAGACUUCCUAGUGCAUGUUUGCCAGUUAGACACCAAGCCCCCCCUCCUCUGCCUCCCAGGACAGGAAUACCCACCAGCAAAAAGCAGGUUUCCUGUGAGCCAACUGUGCACGCUCCCAAACUGAAUCGUUCCAGGACACAAAUAGAUCAUCAUGACCAAUGGACCAUCAAACUAAUAGAGACUCCACAAGGCAGCACCAAGAGACUGAUUUCUUUUUGUGCAGCAACUUCCAAGCUGAUGUCACACUACAAGCAUACAGACAGCGUUCACAACUCAGGAGUGGUGUGGGGUCGAGUGUCACAUCUCCACCCUGCCCUGCUGCAGCAGGUGGAGCUGACUAUCAGUGUGGCCACGGAUUACGACACUCAUCAGAUUCCUUUCCCCACCACAGUGAACAAGACAGUGCAGAGUGUCAUUGAUGAAAUCUUCCAGCUACUGUACCUCAACAGGAGUGGGCAUUAUGUUCUAAAACUGUGCGACUCUGAGGAGUAUCUACACAAUGAAGAACUCCUGGGUAUGCAUGAGACCAUCCAAAUCUACUGCAAGUUUAACCUGGUCGUCCCCCUUCGGCUGCUCAAUGUAAACGACCUCAAACAUCGAAUGGCCAGGGAUGGGGAGGACGACGGAGCCUCAUGCCAACUCUACCACCUGCUGCGUCCGAUCUGUGUCUUCAACACCAGCAAGUUGAGCCUGCAGAAUGUGCUCAAUAGCUACAACCAAAAGGCAGCAGAAGUAAUGAGAAGUAAGUCAGGGAUGACUGUCAAUGUUCUUGUGGGCCAUGUUCGUACCAUCAGCAGUCUUCUGUGUGGGCUCUCGUGUCAGGAGCUGGAGGACACCAUCGGCAGGCUCAGCAGGAUCAAUCCCAUAACUCUGAGCCAUGCUGAGAUGACUGAGUGUGAGACGGCCAUGAUCAUGCUGAACAAGGCACUGCUAAAAUUGCUGCAGAUCUAUUUUGACAACUUCCAUUCAGACUUCAGAGGUCAGGAGGUCAUCAGCAACCUGCAAACCUGUAAUGUUGAGAUCAACCAGGAAAUCUUGCAAUUCAACAUUGCUGCUCUCUACAAACUACAAUCCACCUGGAUGACCACUUAUGAGUGCUUCUCUAUUUCCUGUGAGCUGACAUAUGGAGGAACAGAGAUCAGCCCGACUGGCGUUUCUGAGAAUAUCAGCACUGCCUUGUCAUUUGGGAACAAGAUACAGUGUAACCGCAUGAUGGUGUUCCCUGUUCCAGUAAAUCAGCUGCCAUAUGAAUGCAUGUUAACAUUACGCCUCAUGGGCUCUAAGCGAGGAAAGAGCCCUGAGCUGUUGGGCUGGGCUGUACUACCUCUUUACAGCAAUGGUACUCUGAUAACAGGGACCAUCCUGCUCAGUAUGUCCACUCUGACUGAGCUGCCUGCUCCUCCUUCCCCAGCCUUGUUUGACAGCCACAGACAAGCUGUAGGGGUCAUACUUCAGCUCGAAUUUCCAGAUCAGUUUGAAUGGAAGUAUUACAGGCCCAUUGCGCUCCCCGGGUCAGUCAUAUUCUCUCAGCCUUGUGAGGAAUUGCAAAAGAAAAUGUUAGAUGUUUCGAAGAAGCACUGCCUCCGCUUUCUAUCAGAAAACGAGAAGUCUUUCCUCUGGAGUAAACGUCACUUUUGUGACAAAGGAAGUACCUUCCUCCACCUGCUGCUUGGUGGAGCCCUCCAGUGGCCGCUUGAGGACUUGACAGAAAUCUACACUGUUUUAGAAAACUGGCCCAUUUAUCAGCCCGAGGAGGCUCUCUUCCUACUUAAUGACAGUUUUCAUGAUCAGACUGUGCGGAAGGCUGCAGUUCACUACUUUGAACAGAUACCAGAUGGAGAGUUUGAGCAGUUUCUGCCACAGUUGGUCCAGGCUCUGAAGAGUGAGUGGGAGCUAGAUGGACCUCUGGUGAUGUUGCUGUUGGAGAGAUCGCUGAGGAACAUACGGAUCGCCCAGCAACUCUACUGGCUGCUGGAAGAUGUUCACAAUGACCUCUACUACCAGAGCUGGUUCAGUAAGGUCCAGGCUGCCUUGCGGCACUGCUGUGGCCAGGCUUUAAGACGAGAGCUGGAUAAUGAAGCCCGCCUGGUGUCUUUGCUUACCCAGGUGGCUGAGAAGGUUCGCACUGCCGAUAAGACCCGACGGAAGAAUGUUUUGAACAAAGAAAAGUGUAAGAUUGAUGACUUCUUCAGAGAUGGGAUCAGUUGUUGUCUACCUCUGGAUCCUGCAGUCCGUGUAAAGGCGGUGGAUGUGGAUGCCUGUAAGUUCUACAACUCCAAUGCUGCUCCUCUGGGGGUCUCAUUCAUCUGUACUGACCCUCUGGCCAAGAACAUCAGUGUCAUUUGUAAGACAGGAGAUAACCUGCGUCAGGACAUGCUGGUACUUCAGAUAGUCCGUAUGAUGGACAGGGUGUGGCUCCAGGAAGGACUGGACAUGCGAAUGGUCACCUACAGGUGUCUUUCUACGGGCAAAGCUCAGGGCCUAGUAGAAAUGGUUCCAGAAGCAGUGACACUGGGGAAGAUUCAGCAGGAGUGGGGUCUUGGUGGGACCCUUCGAGAAGACACACUGGAGAAAUGGUUCCACAUGUGGAACAGAACUAAGGAUGACUAUGAAAAGGCUGUGAUGAACUUCAUCCACUCGUGUGCAGGUUGGUGUGUGGCGACCUUCAUCCUAGGGAUUUGUGACCGCCACAAUGACAAUAUCAUGUUGAAGCACAGUGGACACAUGUUCCACAUCGACUUUGGCAAGAUUAUGGGCAAUGCACAAAAGAUUGCAAGCUUUAAAAGGGACCGAUCACCAUUCAUCUUUACAUCUGAGAUGCAGCACUUCAUCACAGGUGGAGGGCAGAAGCCACAGCGCUUGCAUCGCUUUGUGGAGCUCUGCUGUGAAGCUUACAACAUCAUCAGAGGGCGCUCUGCACUGAUACUCAGCCUGCUGGAGCUGAUGCUCCAUGCAGGAAUGCCAGAACUGAAGGACUCUAAUGACCUACAGUACGUCCAGAACAACCUCAGACCUCAUGAUACAGACCUGGAGGCCACAUCAUACUUUACAAAGAAGAUCAAAGAGAGCAUGGGCUGUGUUGCAGUCAAGUUAAACUUCCUGACACACAGCAUGGCUCAAGGGAAGAAACAAGAAUCACGAACCCGGGACGGCAUCCCCGCUCCCAGCAACAACAUCCAAGAUGCUGUCAUCCAGGGAUACACCGUCAAGGGAAAAGAUGUGAUCUAUGACCUGAGAGUACAUAUUGAUGAUGGCUUUCUGAACAGUAAGAUGACAUUUGGGCAGUUUGAGCUGAUCCAUAAGCAGCUGCUGAAGCACUUCAUAGAGUCUGCUCUGCCUCAGUUCCCUAGCUGGUACAAGAUGUCAUUCACCCCAAAGAGGAAGAUGUCUCUGCUGAAUAAAUACCUACAGCAGCUUUUUGAAGGACCUUGCAAGGGAAAUGAAUUUGUGUGCAGCUUGUUCCUGGAUGGCCCCAAGGUAGUCCAAGAGAGUGUGGCAAAAGAAACCCGACCUCAGAUCCAGCUCUACAUUUCCUACUCUGACUGUAAGCUCUCAGUCUUGGUAAAAUACCUGAAGAACAUUAAGCAAGCAAACGGUUCUAACCCCGAUGCCUAUGUGGUCACACGGCUGAGACCGGACCCCCAGCAGCGAUCCAAGAAAAAGACAAAAGUGGUCCGCAAUAAUGACAAUCCCACUUUCAAUGAACUGCUGGAGUACAAUCAUGUACCUCUGCUGUAUGGGAUGGUGCUGGAAGUGACAGUGAAGAGCAAGAAGACUUUUGUGGCAGCAACAAACAUAAAAUUGGAGGAUGAGUUGCUUGACAAGGAGACCUGGUUCCCUCUCGGGAACUGUGCUAUCUGACCUCAGGGAGCUGCACUGUGGGUCUGCUGCCAGCAGGGGGUGCAGCCACACUGAGGGAAAGACUUCACUCAGAGAUGUUUUUUACUGUAUAAGGGAGACACAUUCACCUUAGCAGAGAAACUUUGCACUCUUAAGUAUUCCUAUUUAUCAGAUGCAACUAAACCUCAUUCCAGAGCUAAAUACACUGGCAGUGGAUGAGGGGUUUGGAUGAAGUUACAAAGCUGAGUAAAAAGCUCAGGGAAGGAGAUUUUGUUUACUGUGACUGUCAAUAUUCAUAUGAAGGAUGAACCUUAUAUGUUCAUUUUUAAAUGUUAAUCAAGUGAAGGACAUUUUCUAAUUAAUUCAGAUUUUGUAGCCUUGGUGAUGGAUGCAGGAAGAAAAGUAUUAUUAUUAUCAUACUUGCACUUUUGUUCUGUCUAUAAUUUUUUAUAACCUGCGUGUGGUCGUGACUGUUGAUGUGACAGAUUAAGGAGGAGGUGAUGCAACUUUGUUACCCGCCCAAACUGAGUGUGUUUGUCUCUUUGGGCUGUGUCAACUGGAUGUCCUUGACCAGUGGAUUUGGAGGCAGGAGAUGGAGAUGGGCGGGGGAGAAGUGUGUGAGCAGGAUGACAACUCUGCCUCACUGGCCUGAGGGGCUGAGUUAACACUCUCCCCCUCACUCCAUCCUUUGUCUUAUCCAUCAGCGGCGUUCAAAUGCAGUUAUGCACAUGCAUGCACAAACACGCAAAGGCAGACAUUCACAUGCCCACACAUAUACCCCUGAAAAACACCUCCACACACACACACACACACACACACUCAGUCACUUUUUCUAGGCUAAGGCAGGUCUUCCUGUUAUCUUAAUGCCAUCCUCCUCCUGACAGGCCCGCUGACCCGUACUCUCCUCUGCCUCAUUCACAGGAUUUAGUGAUGAACGAGGAUAGAAAUAGACUUCCCUGUACUGGAUUUGGUUCAAUAAUGUAUACCUCUGUGAAUGCUAUUUAUAUUAUUCCCUGCUGGAUCUCUCGCAUGGAGGGAAGCAAAUGCUGGCUGCUACUCCGUCAUUGUAGUGUUCAUUUAUGUAUCCUGGCAUCACUCAUCAGUUUCAGCCCCAGUAUAAG